UGUGGUGGUAGAGCGCUAGCGAGGAGAAGGAAAACCCACCCAAUGGAAUGUUUGUGAGAGGGGGCGAAAUGACCCCUCUAAUCGCCAUAAAAAAAAACAUCAAAAGUCCUUCUCUACCAUGUAAUCCAAACCCCCCCGGGCAGGACAAAGAAGGGCAAUGAUAGAAGAAGAGAAGGGGGAAGAGAGAACGCGAGAAAGAAAAAGUGGUGGAUCGCAACUGAUAAUGCUGUCUGCUGAUAAUGUAAUGUAGCUAAUAAUAUGUAGGAAUCCCCGCAAAGAUUGUUUUACCUUUAGUCCUGCUGUAUAAUUGAAAACAAAAUGUAUUUUAUCUAACGAAAUGCAAAACUCUGAAGGGGGUGCACCUGAGUGCCGCCCCCUGCACACAUAUAUGAUGUGUGCGGUAACGGUGUAUUGUGCCGAAGAAAGAAUGUCGAAUGAAUUGUAACCGGAAGUGGAGGGUGGUGGACUCGGAUGUAUUUAGAACGAAAGGACGGUUUAGCUUUGAGCGAAUUCAAAAUCCAUGAACCAUGCAUGCAUGCGCUGUUGUUGUGUUUUUAACUCCAAAAAAGAGACCCGCCGCAAGGGCCUCGCAGGACCGCGAGUGUAAGAUAUAGGGAGGAGAUAGAGGAGAUGAAAGAACUUUGCCGCACAGACACACACUGCUGAUACCCAAUGCAGUGCAUAUGGUGGUGAUGUGAAAGUAGCAACUAUUGUCGCUACCAACACCACCAGCUAGCCAGCCAGCCAGCCAGCCAGCCAGUGUCCUAGACCAUCCAGCGGUCUAGAUGGUGACGAUGCAUAAUCCUCUGUCGGGUGAAAGAAGGCUGUUUGCCGUAAGCCUAGGCAAAGGCCAACAGCAAAUCCACACACCCACACAUACACACGCACAGAGUCACACAUCCAUUUUCUGUCCCUAGGAUUAGAUGAAAUACCUGUAUGUUGAGCAUAUAAACAUUAUAACGUGUCGGACUCCCCCCACAGAACCCGGGGCGAGAGUGGAAAGAACCCUAAACUAAACAGCAGAAGUAAGAUACAAUAAAUGUUUUAAA